UUCUUACGUAAUUCAAAUGCCCAACCCUGUUGUUAUUAAGAAGAGAAAAAAUUGUUGGAAAAACUGCGGGAAAAUACGGCAGCAGGAUAAUCUUUCAACGAUGAAUUUAUCUGGAGAUGUUCAAGGCUCUUUAAAAGAAGCCUUGUACGAGACAUUAAAUGGAAUUUUAUCAUCACAUCAAGAAACACGUCAAGCUGCUGAACAACGAAUUCAAGCAUUAGAAGUUACUGAAGAAUUUGGUGUUCAUUUAACGGAAUUUGUCGUUGAUCAAAAUGGUCUUCUUCCAAUUCGUCAAUUAGCUUCUGUUCUAUUAAAACAAUAUGUUGAAAAUCACUGGACAACAGUUGCUGAAAAAUUCAGAUCACCUGAAAUUAAACCCGAAAUGAAAGAAAGAAUAAAAGAAUUAUUACCACUUGGUCUUCGAGAAUCGAUAAGCAAAGUACGAACUGCAGUGGCUUAUGCAAUAUCGGCAAUAGCACAUUGGGAUUGGCCUGAAAAUUGGCCAGGUUUAUUUGAUAUUCUUGUAAGUUGUUUAAAUCGUGAAAAUGAAUAUGCUGUUCAUGGUGCAAUGAGAGUUUUAACUGAAUUUACAAGAGAUUUAUCGGAUACACAUCUUCCAAAUGUUGGUCCAAUUAUACUUCAAGAAAUGUUACGAAUAAUUCAAAGCGAAGCUGAAUAUUCGAUACGCAUUCGUGGAAGAGCUGUACAAAUUUUUCGCAUAAUAACCGAAUUAGUUGCAGCUAUAAGUUAUUAUAAAAAAGGAUUUAUUGAACAAUAUCUUCAACCUGUUAUUCCUAUGUUUUGUGAAAAAUUUGUUCAAUGUUUAAGACAACCCGAUGGUCCAACAAUUGACAGUGGAUUGAAAACUGAUAUUAUUAAAGCUUUAAAUUGCCUCAUUUCGAGAUUACCAAAAUAUGUGUCAAAUUUUUUGCCACAAAUGUUGCCACCAAUAUGGGAGACAUUGACUCAAAGUGCAAAAAUUUAUCAAGAGGAAGUUGUGAACGGUGAUGGAAAUAUUAACGAAACAGCUGUAGAUUCAGAUGGUGAAAUAAUUAAUUUCAGUAAUCUUAUCAUUGCAACUUUUGACUUUAUUGGUGCAUUAGUUGAAAAUAAGAAAUUAUCAAAUCUUUUAGAAAAUUUUCAACAGGAUGUUAUGUAUUAUUUAAUUAUAUUUAUGCAAGUAACUGAUGAGCAAAUUGAACAGUGGACCAGUAAUCCAAUACAAUUUAUAGAAGAAGAUGAACAAACUGUAUUUGCGUAUAAUGUUCGAAUAUCAGCACAAGAACUUUUAGUUACUCUUACAAAUCACACGGCUAUUAAUUCAUUGUGUAAUGUUGUAACGAGGCAUGUAGAAGAAUCCAAUAGAUUAAAAUCGGCAAACAAUGAACACUGGUGGAAAAUACAAGAAUCUUCAAUUAUUGCAUUAAGUUUAACCAAAGACCUUAUAGUUGAACAACAAAAAGCUGGUGCUUUACACUUUGAUAUUGGUCGAUUUCUCGUUGACGUAGUACUUGCAACUCUUAACGAUUCCGGAGCUCAUCCUUUACUUUUGGGUCGUUGUUUAUGUCUCGGUGGAAAAUUUGCAAAAGAAAUGCAAGUGGAAAUUAGUUCACAAUUUUUACAAGCGACAGUUAAUGGUUUACAGGAGAAUCAACCAAUUUGCAUUCGUAUAAGUGCUGUUAAAGGAAUUUAUUCAUUUUGCGAAGCAUCGUCUGAAAAUGAUGCUAUUAAAAGUUUAGUUUGCUCAAAUUUACCAACAAUAUUUCAGGGUUUAUUUAGUUUAGUUAGUCAACCAUCGACAGAAGUUCUUACAUUGGUUAUGGAAACUUUAUCAUCUUUAAUUCUGAUAGACAAGAAUUUCACAGCUUCAGUGGAAAGUAAAGUUUGUCCAUUUACAAUUGCAGCUUUUCUCAAAUUUCACAAUGAUCAAAUAAUAUUGCCCGUGUGUCAGGAUAUUUUUAAGGCAUUAUCACAAAAUCCUGAUUGCAUUGAACUUUUACAUAAUCGUUUAGUGCCAACACUCGUUAGUAUGAUGUCAAUAAAUCAUGCGGAUAAAUCAAAAGACGAACGUUCGCGAGAAUUAGCUUUAGAUGUUUUACAAGUACUAGUGCAAUAUUCGUCGCAACCGUUAAGUAAUGCAUUAGUUGAAAAUGCUUUCUUUGCUGCAUGUCAUUGUAUUUUAAAUUCAGAAGAAAAUGGAACAUUACAAAGUGGCAGUGAAGUAAUAUGCACAUAUCUUUCGGUGGCUGCACAUCAAAUAAUUGAUCGAAGGGAUAAUGCUGGUGUUACUGGUUUAGAAUAUAUACUAAAAACUCUAGCACAACUUUUAAAUCCUAGGUCGAGUGAAUUUACAGCCGCAUUUGUUGGUCGAUUAGUGACAACACUAAUAAGAAAAGCAGGAAAUACAUUGGGUGAAAAUCUUGAUCUUUUAUUGAAAGCCGUUCUCAGUAAAAUGCAACGAACUGAAACUUUGACUGUAAUGCAAAGUUUAUUAAUGGUUUAUGCGCAUUUAAUUAAUUCUGCUUUUGAUCCUGUUCUUAAUUUUUUGUCCACUGUACCAGGACCGACAGGUCAAAGUGCUCUUGCAUUUGUAUUAACCGAAUGGGUCAAUAGACAACAUCUUUUUUUUGGAACUUAUGAUCGUAAAGUGGCAAAUGUUGCUCUAAGUAAACUACUUGAAUAUGGUGUUACAAACGAUGAUUUGAGAUUAAAAGAAAUCACUGUUCAAGGAGAAGAAAUUUAUCAACAACAAACAGAAGGUAUGAAAACUAGAAAAAAAAGUCAAUUACAGCCAAUAAAUUGGACAACUAUUCCAGUGCUUGUGAAAAUUUUUAAAGUAUUAAUAAAUGAAUUAUCAAAUGAAAUUGAAAAUGCAUCUGCUGCAAAUCAAAGUAUCGAGGAAUCUGAAGAUGAUUCAGACUGCGAGAAUGCGAUACUAGAUCCAGGAAAUGAAGCGAAUAUGUUAAGGCUCGAUGACUUUGAAGAUGAGGAACAAGAGGAAGAUCCAAAUAUUGUUCAAGAUUCUAUAUAUCAUUUAAAUCUCGCUCAAUAUUUAAGGGAUUUUCUAUUAACAUUCUCGACUCAUCAUUGUUUUCCAGCUUUUGUACAGCAUUUGAAUGACAUGGAACGAAAAGUUCUGACAAGCAUCAACAUAAAUACAGCAUUUUUGUAAGUGUUUUUUUUUCUACAUUUAAACAUUUUUUUUAAAAAAAGGCCUUAUUAAACUAAAUAUUGUAAUAAUUUUUGGUUUUUAACAAAAAUAAGAUUAAAAAUCUGUAGUUUUUUAAUAUGUCUCGUAUAUUAUUUUCGAUAAAAAAAAUGUAUCGUCAAUUCUGUAAAUUAUAUACAUAUAUAUUUAUUUUUCA